AUGAUUCAAAUUAAAAUAAUGUUAAUUUUUAUAAUAAACUAUAGUAAAGAUAUCUCUAAAAAGGUCACCAAUGAAAAUGCUCUAAUAGACACUGCUAUGGAGGAUGAUAAUAUAUAUCCCUCUGUAAUUGAAAUAAAGAACCAUCCAAAAAUUAGAGUUAAAAUCGUAGAUUUCGAACAUGAAAUGUAUGCUCUCAAAUACGGCAACACAGACCACAAAAUCAUGAAAGUGAUGCUCGAGCAAAUUAUUGUCAUGUACGAAAUCUACAAUUUCAACUGUAAUUCACGGUUCUUUGUUUAUGGGUUAGAUCCAACAGGUUUUACACCAAAUACGGGUUCCACCACUACGAGCCUAAUGUUUUUUUUUUGUUUUCUUUUUAUAUCUACGAACCACGAAAUCUUUUUUCUUUUCUUGAACGUGCCAUUUUGUUGUCUGUAA